UAUGGUAGAAACCUCGCAGAGUGACGCACGUGAAGCAGUAGAUAGCGCAGUGGUGCGGAGCCCCCACCCUGCCCUGGCUGCUGCCCGAUAACACAGAGCAGGGAAACAACACGACCACCGAGACCUUAACCAUCACGACACGUUCUCUACACACGGCAGGACAUUUUUUUUCUUUUAUUCACCAUCCGUUUCUGCGUUUUGGUGAUGAUAAAAUGGUUGAUUAACGCCUGCUGUGAAUCUACGCUGUAAAGUCCCCUCACACUCUGGAUUUUCAGGGAAUUCUCUAAAAUUCAGCUCGACAGGCUGCGAUGCUCUCAAAGAAGCAGAAAGAGCUCAUUGCAGAAAUAUGGGGAAGACUGACUCCUGUGGCAGAUGAUAUUGGAGCAGACGCGCUUCAUAGGAUGUUUGCCUCUUAUCCUGGUACCAAGACCUACUUUUCCCACCUAGACAUCAGCCCUCGCUCCGCUCACAUGCUCUCUCACGGGAAGAAGAUUGUUCUGGCGAUAGCAGAGGGAGCCAAAGACAUCAGCCAGCUGACCAUCACCCUGGCUCCUCUGCAAACCCUGCACGCCUACCAGCUCCGGAUAGACCCGACAAACUUCAAGCUCUUCUCACAGUCUAUGCUCGUCACCCUGGCCUGUCACAUGGGGGAAGACUUCACACCAGUUGCACACGCAGCGAUGGACAAGUACCUGUCAGCGUUCGCAGCCGUACUCGCCGAGAAAUACAGAUGAGACCCAGCCACGUAUAUAUGAACCAUUUAUGAUGCUAUAAGAUGUGAUUUAUUUAUGUAUGUGUCGUUGUCAUAAUGCAAUAUUUUGUCUUAAUAAAAUGUGCAAUUAACACUUUUCCUAUUGUGUUGUAUUACCAUAUAAAAUAUCAUAGGACAUUGCAUGAUUUAUCCCAUUUAUUACCAAUGACUUACUGCUGCCCAUAUUCAAAGCAUACUAUAAAUAAAGUGUAUAAAAUGUGUAAAUAGGCCUUUCUCACAGCAGCCAUUUGGACAUGCCAUGGCAGGGUAAACACAGGUGUAACUGAUGACAUUUAUUAUGGCCCUGUUCCGUUUAUGUGGGCCAUGGCCUUGGUGCUGCGCAUGUCGGCUGAGUGGAAUGACUGUGACCCAAAAUUGCAAUGGUGCCAUGAUACUUUUUUAUCAAUUACACCUGUGUUUAUCCUGGCUGCAGUGAAAAAGGGCCUAUCGACAUUUGUAUUGAUGAAGGCGCUUGCUAAAUUCCGAAAUAAUGCAAAAAAAUAUACAAAUGAAAUGAAUGGUUUCAAGUCUAGUUUUUUUGUUUAUUUAUUGCUCCACACUCUGGUCCAGUGGGUGGUGGUAAACACGCUAAUCAUAGAUCGUAUAUAAGUAGUGGACAAGGUCAUCGGGACGUCACCCAUUGGUUUGUGGACUGCCGUAUUGAAGCCUCGAGUUGGGCGUUUUGGCCGUCGCCAUCUUGGCUUUUUUUGCAACCAAUGGAACGGAAGUUACCAUAUUUGGAUUGCACUGGAGUGACGUAGUGCUUUGGUGUACCGCUCUGGUAGUGGCAGCGACCUGUCAAUCACAGUAAGCCCGCCCUAUAAAGCAUACUAUGUGUAGUUAUUGUCUGUGUAGUUGUAUAGUAUGUGUAUUUAUUGUCUGUGUCUGUGUAGUUGUAUAGUAUGUGUAUUUAUUGUCUGUGUAGUUGUAUAGUAUGUGUAUUUAUUGUCUGUGUCUGUGUAGUUGUAUAGUAUGUGUAUUUAUUGUCUGUGUAGUUGUAUAGUAUAGUAUGUGUAUUUAUUGUCUGUGUCUGUGUAGUUGAGCUGCUGCAACACUUGAAUUUCCCCCAUGGGGAUCAAUAAAGGAAUAUAAUAACUCC